UGGCCGAGGAAAUGUUUGCAGAUCGUUGAUGUCGAUUUCUUGUCUCUCUAGUUUCGGCUGUCUUGCUGCCAGAACAUGGGCUCCAGCCCUUCAGGCCCCGCUUAUUGUGACAGGUCUCAGUAUCGUGGCCAAGCUAGGUGUGGGGGCGAGCUUCGGUUGUUGUAACGUGUGGAUGGGUGAGAUUUACCCCACGGUCAUCAGAUCUCUAGCUUAUGGCGUUACAAACACUUUGGCUAGGGUUGGUGGGAUCCUGUCACCUUAUGCUGUCAAUCUUGAAGACCGUGUAAUCCUAUCAUACGUCAUCAUGGGGUCAAUGUCCGGUCUGUGUGUACUGCUGACGAUGUUUGUAGAAGAGACCAAAGACUCUCCCUUACACGAGAGCCUUCACCAAGUGGACGUCAAGAUAGGAGCACUCAGUAACGGAGUUCACAAGCAACCGUCUGGCCAGUUGCAUUUUGACAUGAACGAGCUGAACGACGUGGGAGAUGAUGCUCUUAGUGAAGCAAAGAUGACGGGAGAUGAACCCAAUGAAGUUGGGGAUAAAUCUUGGAAUCAAGAAGAAUGGCAGUUAGUUUCUAUGAAUACAUUUUCCUCUCUAGAAAACGACCAUGAUAGACAUGGUGAUGGCGAUUUGAAAAAUGAUGUUGUUACACCUAAUGAUGAUGAGAAUGAUGACGUUGAAUCACCUAGAGAAAAUGGUGACGAUGAUUCGCCAAAUGAACAUGAAAAUUGCGAUGUGAGUUGUCCUAAUAAUGAGGAAAAGUGUGAUGCUUGUUUACCUAAUGAAAAUAUCACCUGUUCGAGGGAUGAGAAUAACAUUGAAGAAUUUAACCAACGUCUGUAAAUAAAGCAAUAUAUAUAAUUGCUACAGGCAAUUAAAAGAAUUUUUUUAUUACCUAGAAUGUUACUGAAAACGAAAUCUUUCAUAAAGGAGCCCUAACCCAUUAACAUAAAAACCAAACGCUUUAUUUUUAACAUUGGCCAUAGUAUGAUUUUAUUCAUCGAGUAGCUAAGAUUCAGCAAAAUAUGAAAAACACAACAAAUUAAAACAACUUUCUUCAUGCUUAUAUAAUUUCGGCAAUCUGUAGAUUAU